CAAAGUGGAAAAGACAGGUAAAUGCCGAGUCUCUCGCUUAUUGUCUGCGCGAGUCGGUUCGGCAUAGUUCCUCAUAUAAGUGUAUUAUUUUUGGGCUUUGAGGUUUCAUCUCGUCGAAAUCCGAUUAGGAGGUCGACAGAGAGACCGCUUGGUCGGUUUUUAUAGCAGAAUAUCUGACAUUCAUCUGGGUUUCUGGUGUUAUUCCUUUGUAAAUACUGUUAUUUGUAUAUACUGUAAAUGAUGACGUCUGUGGGCGGAAACCGAGCCUGCGGCAGUUGGGAGCAGCAGACGCAGACAGGCCAGACACAGCACAAGCAGAGACCUCAGGCCACUGCUGAGCAGAUCCGACUCGCGCAGAUGAUUUCGGACCACAAUGAUGCUGAUUUUGAAGAAAAAGUUAAGCAGCUGAUUGACAUCACAGGCAAGGACCAGGAUGAGUCUAUGAUUGCAUUGCAUGACUGCAACGGGGAUGUCAACAGAGCCAUCAACGUGUUGCUGGAAGGUAGCCCAGAUACUGACUCUUGGGAGAUGGUGGGGAAGAAGAAAGGAGUGUCUGGUCAGAAGGAGCCUGGCCAUACUGAGACCGGAGAGGAAGGAAAGGAGAACCGGGAGAGAGGAGCAGAGAGGGACGUGGCACGUCGUCGAGGUGGAGCCCCACGCAGGGGUAGAGGGGCUAGUAGGGGGCGAGAGUUCCGUGUACAGGAGAAUGGUCUGGAUGGAGGAAAGGCUGCUGGGAUAGCAGGCAGGGGCACAGAGCGAGGCCACAGGGGGAGGGGCAGAGGAAGAGGGGGAGAACGGGAGCGAGGCAGGCGAGGGGGACGGUUUUCUGCACAGGGCAUGGGCCAGAUUGAUAAGGGGCCCAGAUAUGAUUUUUCAGGAGAUGAGAGAACAUUCAACCCGGCGGACUACGCUGAGCCGACCCAGACAGAGGAGAACUACAGCGGGGGAAGCACCUGGAACAACACGAGAAACCUGGAGCCAGAGGAAGGACCCAGGAUUGAGUACUCUGCAGGAGGAGAGGGAACAAAUUACCAACCCAAGUUUGACUCUGCGCCUUGUGCCUGGAAGAGUGCGACGGAAGAGUGGGGUACUGAGGACUGGAAUGAGGACCUGUCAGAGACGAAGAUCUUCACAGCCUCCAGUGUGGUCUCCAUGCCACUCCCCCAGGAGAAUGUCACCAUCACUGCAGGACAGAGGAUUGACCUGGCAGUGCUGCUGGGGAAGACUUCCCCGUCCUCUGAGGCCCCGGGCCACAUAGAGGCCAGCCAGCCCCCCUCCCUCCCCCAGUCACUUGUGUUCAGCAACUCCAAGCAGCCGCUGUCUCAAACCACCUCCAGCAGCACCUCCUACACCCAGCACAGCAUGGUGAACAUGCUGCGGAAGGGCUUUGGGGAGGUGGGGGACCCUAAAGGAGGCAGCACAGGGACAACCAGCGGCUCCCAGUUCUUGGAGCAGUUUAAGACUGCACAAGCCUUGGCCCAGCUGGCUGCCCAGCAGUCCCAGACAGGACAGCCCAACCCCACACCCUCUUCCUGGGACACCAACUCUGCAGAGCUGGGCCACUAUGACAUCAAGGCCCAGCCAGAGCCUCCGGUCCACAGCCCCUUCACCAAGCGCCAUCCCUACCAGCCCACCACCUCCGUGUUGGAUGCUUUCCUCCCCCCUUCCUCAGUUUCCUCCUCCCUGCCCUCACAGAGCAGCCCCUUGUCCCACAUGGCGCCCCCUGUGUCUGUCCUCCCCAAGAUGGUGGUGCCCCCCUUGGGGCACCAGGUGUCCCCUGACUCAUCGGAUGCUCAGGGUUCCAGCCCUCUGCCACUGCAGCAGCACAAGCUCAAGCAACAGAAGAAGAGGACCUCCAUCACCACCAAGAUCCCAGCGAUGGCGGUGGAGAUGCCUGGCUCGGCAGACAUCUCUGGGCUGAACCUGCAGUUUGGAGCACUGCAGUUUGGCUCUGAACCUGUGCUCCAGGAGUACAACAGCGCCAACACCACCACCACCACACCAGGAAGCCAGGUUCAAAACAGCCUCUACACAAGCCCCAGCUGUGAGGCGAUUCCCUCCAACUCCAGUCAGAUUGACAUGUACGAACAGAGGGCUCCCCAGGCCCGGCGCUUCCCCACCCCUGUCUCCUCCCCGCAGAAAGAGAAUGGAUUCAAUUCAAUACAGACACAUUCUGUGGAAGCUGCAGCAGGCUCUGCAGUGUCUGUGAAGUCUGCCUCUGAUUCGGCCACGCCUGCGUCAGUCUCCAUGGCUACAUUGACAGACAGUGGCUCAGGGCCCGUGUCCUUGUUGACCACAUCCAAUCAGUUGUCGCACAGCGCUCUGGGGCACAAUGAAGACCUGCCCCCGAAUACCAUGCCUCAGCACAGCAAUUCCCUUUCUACACAGCAGAAAAGUCUCGCGCCAUCCCAAGUCCGCACAUCCAACACCAGUCUAAUGCACCAGAGCAUAGAGGACUCUAGCUUGCACUCUUCCUCCUUCACUUCCUCUGUCUCGGCGGUCCCCUCUUCCUCUGUCCUCUCUUCCUCGUCGGUGGUUGCAGCAGCUCAGCAGGUCUCCAUGGGGGCCCCUCAGCCCUCUUCAGUGAACAUAGUGUCUCAGUCAGCCCCCUCGGGCUUGGCACCUGUGAGCAACCUAGCGGCCAUGGGCCUCCACACAGUAGCCUCCAUGGGACCUCCAGCCGUUGCCUCCGCAGCCAUGUCCACAGGAGCACCAGCCCAGGCUAUCGCUUCCUCCGCCUCCUCACGCAGCUCUGCAGUCUCCUCAGGUCUCUUUACAGGGAAAGCACCUCCUAACCUGCCUCCUGGAGUGCCCCCUCUGCUUCCCAACCCAUACAUUAUGGCCCCCGGACUACUGCAUGCUUACCCUCCCCAGGUGUAUGGCUAUGAUGACCUACAGAUGCUCCAGACAAGAAUACCAUUGGAUUACUACAGCAUCCCGUUUGCCACCCCCAGCACAGCACUGACUGGCAGAGAUGGCAGCCUGAGCAACAACCCUUACUCUGGUGACUUAUCAAAGUUUGGUCGAGGUGAUGCGUCGUCCCCGGCGCCGGCCACCACUUUGGCCCAGCAGACGCAGCAGAACCAGAGCCAGACGCACCACACCACGCAGCAGCCUUUCCUCAACCCAGCGCUGCCCCCAGGCUACAGCUACACCAGCCUGCCAUAUUACACUGGCGUGCCAGGCCUGCCCAACACCUUCCAGUAUGGCCCCGCUAUGUUCCCGGUGGCUCCUACCUCGUCGAAGCAGCACGGUGUGAAUGUUGGAGUCAAUGCCUCGGCAACUGCCUUCCAGCAGGCCAGCGGCUACGGUACCCAUGGUUACAACACUGGCUAUGAGGAUAUGGGCCAGGCUUCAGGGAGUGGGGAUUUCUGUAAGGGUGGAUACGGCACUGCCGUGGCCGCCGCCGCUUCUGCACAAAACAAGCAAGCCAGCUCUGUCAGCGGGCCUGGAGUCGGAGUCUCGGUGACAUCAAGCAACACCGGGGUCCCAGACAUUUCAGGGUCUGUUUACACAAAGACACAGCAGCAGCAGUCUUAUGAGAAGCAGCAGGGUUUCCACGCUGGUACACCGGCAGCUUCCUUCAGCCUGCCCUCUGCCCUGGGCGGCGGGGGUCCCAUCAACCCCCCAGCUGCGGCUGGUUAUGCUCCAGCCCCCUUCAUGCACAUCCUGGCACCGCACCAGCAGCCCCACUCGCAGAUCCUGCACCACCAUCUGCAGCAGGACGGACAGAGCGGUGGCACUGGACAGCGCAGCCAGAAUGCUUCGCUUCAACAGAAGACCCAGAUCAACAAGUCUGCAUACAACAGCUACAACUGGGGGGCCAACUAACACCCGCCCAUCAUCCAGCCCCCUGUCCCGAAAUCUGACAAAGGGGGGCGUCCUUCCCCACAAAUGGUCUCCAUAUAACCCCCUCUCUCCUACAGUGAUCCCAUUCUUUUGGCUCAGCACACCGGCAGUACUCACCACUGCCACGGGUGGCCAUGUGCUGAGGGAAAGCACUAGUGUGGCGAGGAGAGCAUGGGGGCAGUCUUAAAAAGAGAGCGGGGUGGAGUUAAAUGGUUAUAGUAACGGUUUGUUAAGAGCUGAUUAUUGAGUGUUUGGAAUUUUGUAUCGUGUUCCCCCCCCCCCCCCUUUCACUCUGUUAAAUGUAACAUAGAACUGUUUUCUAAAAGAAAUAAUGUUUUUGUUUUUACUGAUGGGAGGAACAAAGACAUCUGAAGGUGGGGGACAGGCUGGCUUUCUAUUUCUCCCCUCACCCCCUUAUACUUGGUCAAAAUGUACUGUUCCCACCCUAAACCCAAACGAACUUUUCCUUGGUUUCCCAUUUGGUUUUUACAACAUUUUAGUUUCACUAAUGGUUUCUCUAAAUUGACAGGAGUUGUGAAGUUUAUUUUUUACCAUAGAUAUAUAUAUAUAGAUCAAUCUAGAUAUAGAUAUCUAUAUUGUGUGUGUACACUGGUGGUCCCUCAAACUGAUACCAAUUGAAUUGAUUUCCCAUUAUUUUAUGUUGUAAAUUAGCUUUACCCGUGAUUUAAUGUUUUUAAAACAUUUUGUAGAUUCUGCAGUACAAAAUUGAUGUACGGGAGGCCAGGGCACACCCUUACCUAUGUGUUCAAGUUAUUUUUCUAAUCCCUUACACGCUCACUCCACCACCUGUUCCCCCCCCCCCCCAAUAUAUUAUUAGGAAACCUGCAGCAAUGAUUACUGAUGGACAAAAUGUUACUUUUUUUGUCAGUGAUUUUUUUUUUGUACUGUGUUUUUAAAUGGAUGGAUGAGUGUGUACCUAUACACUACAUAGCCAAAAGUAUGUGGACAUCUAUUCAUAUUAGUCUAUUUUAGCUAUUUCAGGUGUGUAAAAUUGAGCCCACAGCCAUCACUCCAUAAACAAACAUUGACCGUAGAAUGGCCUGUACUGAAGAGCUCAUUGACUUUCAAAUUGGCACCGUCGUAGGAUGUCACCUUUCCAACAAGUCAAUUCAUAACAUUUCUGCCCAGAAAGAGUAGCCCCAGUCAACUGUAAGUGCUGUUAUUGUGACGUGGAAACGUUUAGGAGCAACAACGGCUCAGCCACAAAGUAGGAGGCCACACAAGCUCACGGGACAGGACCUCCGAGUGCUGUAGCACGUAAAAGUCGUCUGUCCUCAGUUCCCACACUCACUACGGAGUUCCAAACUGCCCUUGGAAGCAACGUCAGCAGAACUGUUCGUCGGUGCAUCAUGAAAUGGGUUUCCAUGCUCGAGCAGCCGCACACAAGCCUAAGAUCACCAUGCGCAAUGCCAAGUGUCGGCUGGAGAUGUGUUAAGCUCGCCAGCAUUGGACUCCGGAGCAGUGGAAACGUGCUCUCUGGCAGUCUGACGGACGAAUCUAAGUUUGGCGGCUGCCAGGCGAAUGCUACCUGCCCAAAUGCAUAGUGACAUUUAUGAAGUUUGGCGGAGAAAUAAUGUUCUGGGGCUGUUUUUCAUGGUUCGGGCCCCUUAGUUCCAGUGAAGGGGGAUGUUAACGCUACAGCAUACAACGACAUUCUAGAUGUUUCUGUGCUUCCAACUUUGUGGCAACAGUUUGGGGAAGGCCCUUUCCUGUUUCAGCAUGACAAUGCCCCUGUACACAAAGCGAGUUCCAUACAGAAAUUAAUGGUUUGUUGAGAUCGGUGUGGAAGAACUUGACUGGCCUGCACAGAGCCCUGACCUCAACCCCAUCGAAUACCUUUAGGAUGAAUUGGAAUACCGACUGCGAGCCAGGCCUAAUUGCCCAACAUCAAUGCCCGACCUCACUAAUGCUCUUGUGGCUGAAUGGAAGUAAGUCUCCUCAGCAAUGUUCUAGAAUGUAGUGGAAAACCUUCCCAGAAGAGUGAAGGCUGUUGUAGCAGCAAAGGUGCGACCAACUCCAUAUGUAUGCCCAUGAUUAUGGAAUGAGAUGUUCGAGCAGUGUCCACACAUACUUUUGACCAUGUAGUGUAUAUCACACACACACACACAGACAAGUACUGUAGUCCUUGUUUGUUCAAUGGCUUUCCCCCUUCUCAAAUCAAACUGGUUAGCUUUUUUGUUUCAUGUUUUUUAUUUUGUAAAAAAUAUAUAAAUAUUAACUAAAUAAACAGGAAAAUGCAUUUUCAUCA